AUGACUCUCGGAUGCCUCAGGUAUGUUGAUAAUAUUCACCUGGAUAAAUUUUUAUUUAUCCUGCACUGUGCAUAAUUUUCUGUUACCUAUAAGUAUUUAUAAUUACCUAUAAGUGAAUUUCCCGGGCACCGAAAAUAAAAAUUACCUAUAAGUGAUUUAAAAAUCACUUAUAAGAACUUUUAUUUACUUAUAAAAACUUGAAGUUUUUAUAAGUAAAUAAAAGUUUUUAUAAGUGAUUUUGAGUUCCCUGUGAAGCAAGUUAUCCAUUUUUUCCGAAUUCGUUUUUCUUUUCGAGACCAUAAAUUUAGACGUUGCAAAAAUGUUGUAAAAUUUUUUUUGAGAAAAAUGAAAACAGAUUUUGCUCAUAGAUUAUGUUUUCAAGUCGCUCAUCUACAAUAGAAGCCCUUCAGAAGGCUGCCGAUCUCCACGGAUUUGCCCAGCUUCAAGGGAAUUCGGCUCAGACCUCUGAGAAUUACUCAAACCCGGAUUUUUUAACCUCAAUUACACUUGAUCCAACAAAUCCUUUGUACGACUACGAGGAGGAUGCGGACGAUGAGAAUAAUACAUCUGUAAAUCAAUUGAAGCUAUGUGUAAAGAAGAUUGCUGCGUUAGAAGGACAUCGAGAUGCGUUGUAUAAGGUAUGUCUAGAUGCAUAAAGUUAUAAAAUCAUUAGAACCUAGAUGAAUUGAAAGCCAAAUACAUAUCGGUUACGGAAAAGACGUCGCAGCUCCACAAUGCCUGUGAUCGGAUGAUGUCUGAGCAAACGCAAUUGGCGGCAGGAUGCGAACAGAUCAAAACGAAUCUUUAUUAUUAUCAGCAAUACGACUGGAUCAUAAAAGUAAGUAUUCGAAGCGCGUCUAUUAUUCUUUAGAAACUUCAAUCCACAAAAUUGUCUUUGACUGGAACUACUUUCACGCAAAUUCUUUCGGCAAUCCAUGAAUGUAUCACUUUCAUCAAGAACAAUCCAGAACAUCGAGAAGCGCCUGUGUUUUUGAUGAGGUAUGAACAAUGUAUAAGUAAGGCGUUGACAGCUAUCAAGGAAGGAGUCUUCUUGUUGUUGGAUCAGUGUAGACAAGAUGUUUUGGAAAGACAAAUGACAAGCGGGAACUAUGAGGAGGACACGUUUACUCUUCUUUAUGGAGUAUUUGGUUUGAAAGCCAAUUCUGUUAAGUAUGUGUUCCAGGGUUAUUACAGAUUCUCUCUUUAGAACGCACAUUUGUCUUGCCCACCAAUUUUUCGCUGAAUAUCAAGAAUACCAAUCGAUGUUCAUUGACUGUGAGACUGAAUACUUUGAUAUCAGGGACCGAAUGCUUCAGCCCGUUUUCAGUGCGACUUUGAAUAAUUUGAUGGAUAGACAUAAAGAUUCUUCAUGUUCUUUGACGAGAGAUGGUUGUCUCUUCCUUCUCAAAUUAUGUGAUGAUGAAUUUCGACUUUACAAGCAGUUCUUCAUGGUAGCCGAAGUGGAUUCGGUCGUGGAAUCAAUGGCUCCGAGGUUAGGCUAAAUCAAUUGGAUUGUUUUUGAAUUUAUCAUCUUUGUUUUUUUUGUGUUUUAGCCGCUCGAGUAUUCGCCGCUUCAGUUCAGUGAGCCGUGUAUCUCCGGUGAUCAAUGACUUCUGGGCCAGUGUGUCCUUGCAUUUCAACAAAUUCAUCGAAGGAAUUUGCCGAGUGUUCUACGACUCCCUGAGACCAUUAGUCAUCCAUAAUCAACAUCUGGAAACGCUGGCUCAACUCUGUUCAUUGGUUAGAGUCGAGAUGAUCGAAGAGCGUUGUGAAUCCGCUCAACCUCAAGACACAUUUGAAGCCUUGGUGAAUCCGAGAAGCGGGUUCACAGUGGUGAUGCGAGAAUUGGUCGGGGAUAUCGUGGAGAGGAUUGUCUAUAGGUACGCACACGAGAUGAAAGCCGGUAUAUUUUACGAUUUAGAGCUUCGAUAUUUGCUCGGAAUGAUCUUCUUUUCUACAAUGCGGCCGUGGGAGAUCUCCAAUAUCCGGAGAUAUUACUGAUGAUGAGGGAUAUCGAAAAGAAACAAAUUGAAAUAAAAGAGGAAUCAGCGAAUAAAGAAGAGCCUCAAGAACAGAGGAAUGCCGUCGACAGACAUUGCUUGUGGUAUCCGACAGUGCGGAGGACGGUACUCUGUCUGGGAAAGUUGUAUCGAUGCCUGGAGGUGAGCACCGAACACAAAUUGAGGAUGCUUGUAUUUCUAGGCAUAAAUUAUGAAUAUUAUAAGUCAAUUAUUUAGCCUUCCGUGUACGCCCAUGUGUCCCGGGAGAUCCUGGAUGCCUGUUGUCAAUCAUUGGAAGUGGCGGCCCAGAAGAUAAAAGACACCCCCAUCGACUCGGCCAAGGCCACUCUGAAGGGGCAAGGCCGUUCUCUAGAUGCCCAAUUAUUCCUCGUAAAACAUCUUCUGAUCCUUAGAGAACAGAGUGCCCCUUUCAAGGUUAACACUCUGUCCAAUUUGGGGGUGAAUGGUCCCGAAUCCCCCGACUCGAGUACUCUUUCACAGUUUAAUUACAGUUUGGACCUGAGUAAGUAUCGAGAGACAGUCGGGGAGUUGUUUCACGACCGUUCCAAACUCUUUGAGCUCAGUUCCAACAACGCCGUGCUUUCUUUUUUGAUAUCGGUAAGAGACUUUCGUGACGACAAUUUCUUAAAAUAUUUUUAGCCACCGGUCCAUAUUAGUGAAGUCCAAUUGGACAGCCGGAGGAUCCUCGAACAACACUUGAAGAAGCAUUGUCACAAACUGAUUCGGUUUGUCAUCGGAUUCUUGACUGGCCCGAUAAAAGAAAUCUUGGAGAAGAUAAAUGUAUGUUUUAAAAAUUUAAAGUUUUACUUGAUAUAAUUGUAGGAUCAACAACAAGAUGGACAGUUAUUAAACCAGAAAGAGGUGGGGGAAGGUUUGGGAGAAGCCUUCAAGAAUAUAAAACAGAACUGGGCCUCGGUAGUUUACAAAGAGAUUUUUUUUUUUUUUUGAUUACGCAAGGUUUUAACUAGAACUUGUUUUAGGUGCAAGCUGCUUAUAAAUUAUACAUAGGUGGGCGAGAAACCGAAGAAAUACUUCUGGAACCAGUCAGAAAAGGAAUACAGGAAGGAUUCGACAAGAUCCGAGACUACGUCUCUCAAAAGUUCACUCCCGAACAACAACAAAUUGCAUCGGUUCCUAACGCUGAACAGAUUUCUCUUCUGCUGACAUAA